AUGGCUAAGAGACACAGUCAUUAUCGUAGGAGAGGUAAGCCGCAUGGCGGUCGAGGUGGUGGUAGAGGUAACAAGAGGGACUCGAGUAGAGGCCAGAAUAAUUGGCAUAAUUCCGGGCUGCCGAUGGGUGAUGGCGAUCUGAAUGAACCUUUUAGCUCCGAUCUGUAUGCUGCUGGUGGUAGGCGGUCGUUCGUUUCGCCAGAUGCAGUGGCAGACUAUUAUUUCGGCCGCUCAGCUGGUAACAAGUCUAUGAAGAUGGGUGGUAUGAGACCUGGUCAGCAGAGUCGUUCAUCAAAUGAUCUAAGCGGUGGCAAAAGUAGUUUCCGGAAAAGACCAGUGGAAUUUAUUAAGGCAAAAGAGGUUUAUGAUCCAUCUCAUGACUUGAUUGAACAAUUGAGAAAGAACAAUACACAUUCAUUGAAAGAUCAAACUGUCGAAACGACGGAAACACACAAACAGGAAGACGUUGAUAAGAUACCCGAAGUCGAAAAGAGUGGAGACGAAGUUGCGCAAUUGCAAGACAAAGAUAUUUUUUAUGUGGAUGUUACUGGAUCUCGAAAUGCUAAGCAGUCAGCCAUCAAGACCGUUAAGCUCGACGAAAGUUACGCAAUACCAAUAACAGAAGAGAGGGCUACCGAGUUCAAUCCAACUAUUACGAUCGGCAAAACCGAGCUGGAAACGGAGGAACACCCAGCUGGAUCAUCGAUUACAGUCAGAUCAGAUCAAAAUUACCAUCCUUUGCAGCAAUACAUUUCAAAUGUACUUGGUAAAAUAAAACCUUCGUCGGAUGAUGAAGGUGAUGAUGACGGAGAUGAGGAUGAAGAUCUUUCGAUGGAAUCUAUGGACGAAUCAAGCUCUGAUGAGUACGAAGUACCAAAGUCAGUGUCUCCUCGUCUAUCAAACAAUUUAGAAACACUGAAAAUAUCGGAAUCUGACGCAUAUCCGAAGCCAGAACUGAAGAACGAAAUUGAAGAAGAGGAACCAGAGUUUGGGUUCCUUGACGACGAUUAUCUCGUGGAUCUCUCAAGUAUUCAUGUCACAAACAUGAGGAUGGGGGUUUCCGACAACUCCUACUUCGUCAGCUGCUUCAGGAUGUUUGCUGACCAUGAAUCCAGAUGGAUUAGCCAGGAACUGUUGAGCGAUUUCAUUCUUGAAGAUCUGGGAUUUCCUGAGCACCGUCUUGGUGCUUAUUUGAAAUUUAUCAAAGCCGCGGUUGUACCACCCGAAGAACCUCCCCAACCGAAUUAUUCAGACGUACCGAUUUCUGAUGAAAGCGAGGAUGAUAGUGAUCCUUUUUCUACAAGGGAUGACAGCAUUGACGCCGAUAUGAGGGAGGGUUUGGACGAUCUGAUUCAAUUUACAACAAAAUACAGCGCAACUCGUAAUCAAGAGUUUCAAACGUCAGCUUUGGAGACUAUCGGAAAAGGCAGGAAGAAAAAGUUAUUGAUCGAUGAUUCUUUGGCUCUGGAUCUUGAAGGUGUAGCCACACUUCAGGAAAAAUUUAGCAAAAGGAUUAACACUAAGGCUAAUAAAAGGCGAGCAAAGGAGGAUUUCAUUGACAUGGAGAACGAAGCCUCUAGUGAUCUACUCAAAAAAUAUCCCUUCGGAUUACACAUCCAUAACAUUAAAGACGAGUUUGAAAUUUUCCUUACAAGCAACCGCGAUCGACUGUCCUUUCCACCAUUAGAUCCUCACGGAAGUAAAACAGUCAUGAAGUUUACUCUACACUACAACAUGAAGCCCUCUAAGUUUGGAAAAGGUAAUCAUGUUCAAGUAAUAGCCCAAAAGACGAAGAAAACGUUUAGAAGUUUCCCGAAUUAUAACCUGAUCGAUCAAUUACUGAGACAGCGCCCUGUUUUUAUGCGUAUCGAUGUGAGUCGCCCAAGAGAGCCGGAUGCUGGCUCUCGCAAGUCCAAGGUUAUAUUUCACACAACUGAAGGUCAAGUCAUUGGUAAAGAUGCUCCUGAAAUCGGAUGUGAUAAUGUCGGUAGAAGAAUAUUAGAGAAGUUGGGCUGGUCCAACGGUGAAGGACUCGGUGCCCACGGCAACAAGGGUAUUAGUGAGCCACUGAUGGCUACUGUUAAGAAGAGCAAAUCAGGUCUGAGACAUAGUCAUAAGUGA